GAGCUGAAAUAACUUAUUUUCUCAGUUUAGUCCUCUCCUCAAUUUUCCAUUAGAACAAACCUUCACUUAAGUCAACACCAAAACCACUCUCUUUCUUCCCAUCCAAAAACCCUACACCAUAAACUAACCAAAAAAAAAACUGAAGCCCUAGUUCUUGUAUACGUACAUAUAUUCUCAGCAUCCAAAGAGUUGUCCGGCCAUGGCGGAUUCAGACACUGAAUCGGGAGGAGCUCAAAACAACGGUUCAAACGCAGGAGGGAACAACAACAGCAGCGACCACCUUUCUUUCCCCAAAGAACAAGACAGGUUCCUGCCCAUCGCCAACGUUGGCAGGAUCAUGAAGAAGGCUUUGCCCGCCAACGCCAAGAUAUCCAAAGAAGCUAAAGAAACGGUGCAAGAGUGCGUGUCGGAGUUCAUCAGCUUCAUCACCGGAGAAGCCUCCGAUAAGUGUCAGAAGGAGAAGAGGAAGACCAUCAACGGCGACGAUCUCUUGUGGGCCAUGACCACGUUAGGGUUCGAAGACUACGUGGAGCCCUUGAAGGUUUACUUGCAGCGGUUUAGGGAGAUGGAAGGGGAGAAGACUACGGUUGCACGUGAAAAAGACGCGCCUCUCGGUGCUGGUGGAGGCGGAGGCGUCGGUGGCGGAGUUUAUGGGAUGAUGGCACAUCAGUAUGGUUCUACUGCGUUCCAUCAGAUGGGUAAUGGGGUGGGUAAAGGUGGGCCUCCGAAUUAUUUGGGUGGGCCGAAGUAGUUCCUCAUCUGUCACUAUCAUGCCCGACACGUGUAUGAACGUUGUUAGUUCGAUAAUAAUUCCGGGUUGGGUCUGCCCGGUUAGGUCAUCAUUGGGUACACGUGGAAGGUUUUGGUGAUCAUGGGCAACCUGUGCUGAAGGUAAACCUGGGAGAACUAUAGGCGAGGGGAAGGUGAGUGUGAUGGGGCCUACGUAGCUAUAAUCAAAGACACGUGUACGGUCGGAAGAUGGUAGAAUCAAUUUCAGGCCCUUGACAUGUGUUCACAACGUAGAGAUCUUGUAGCUUAUGACUAUGGUUUUCGGUAAAAGUAACAUUAGGAUUAUGGAUUGCCCUCGCAUAUAAAUUAUUAAUGUUAUUGCUAGUAUUUAAAAUAUAUUAUUAAUUGUA